UGGCUAUCUGUGCGGUCGGUCUAUCAGCAGCGGAGCACCUCUGCGCGAUUACGAGAUAUAAUCAUCGCCGUCCUCGAUCUGUGACUUGAUUAAACCGCUUAUUCUAAACUUGGCUCAAUUGCUUCAACGUUUGAGUGUCUGACGACGGAAAACACACCCCAACUAUGAGCUACCCUGAAAGCCUCGUCCCGGCGGCCGACAGUGCCAAAUAUGGCCUCAUCUGGAAAGACGCUGUCGACCCCAACGAGGGAAAGUAUCCUGGAUUCCGGCCCAAUCUGGAAGAAAAGACUGAUGGGAUGGACAUUAUUCGCGACGUCGCCAUCCCAAUGCGCGAUGGAGUCACCAUCUACGGCGACGUCUUCCAGCCCGAGUCCUCGACGACUCGUCUCCCGACCUUGAUGACCCUCUCGCCCUACGGCAAACACGCCCCGAAGACCUUCGAUCUGUUUCCGGGCUCCGGCGUCCCAAAGGGCACAGUAUCCAAACACACCGUCUGGGAGGGAUGUGAUCCCGUGCAUUGGACUGCAAAGGGUUACGCCGUGGUUAAUGUCGACAGCCGCGGGUCAUGGGCCAGCGAGGGAUACCUCAACGUCUUGGGGCCCCAGGAAGCCUACGACGGCUACGACACAAUCGAAUGGAUCGCCAGGCAGCCCUGGUCUAAUGGUCGCGUGGGUCUCUGUGGCGUCUCGUACCUAGCCAUCGUACAGUGGCGGAUCGCCCAGCUCAAGCCACCGCAUCUGGCUUGUAUUAACCCGUGGGAAGGCUACACGGACGCCUACCGCGAUCAUACACACAACGGGGGCAUUCCUGAGACCAAGUUUCUACAUUUUUCCGACUGGUCGUGCCAGUUUUCUCGAAACAAGACCGAGGCUUGGUUUAAGAGCAAUCAAGCACACGAGUUGUUAGACGAGUACCACGAGUCGAAACGGGCAGGGAACCUCGCUGCCAUCACUGUUCCAGCCUAUUGCGUUGUCGAUUGGGGCGACCAUGGUCUUCACACGCGUGGGACUUUGCACGGAUACGAGACCAUCUCGUCCAAGCAUAAGUGGCUCGAGGUGCAUGGGCGCAAGAAGUGGCAGUAUUUCUAUCAACCGUCCAGCCUCGCGCGACAAGAGGCAUUUUAUCAGAAGUUCCUCAAGGGUAAGCCGAGUGAGGUUGACUCCUGGCCGUCCGUGAGAAUCGAGAUCCGUGAUCGCGCGUACGAAGGCACCUGGCGUGACGAGAAGGAAUGGUCGAUUAAACGCACGAGAUUCGCAUUGAAAUAUCUUGACGCCGAGUCGAGAAAACUACAAGAUUCUCUGCCUUAUCUACUCGGCCACGUCUCGUAUGACAGCUUGUCCAAGACCGGCAACAACGCCCAGUUUGCCUACACCUUUGUCCGGGACACCGAGGUCACAGGAAGCAUGCGACUGCGACUGUGGGUCUCGACAGGAACCGAGAGCGAUGACCUUGAUCUCUUUGUGUCCGUCGACAAGCUAGACGUUGAGGGUCAAGUCGUGCCCUUUGUGGCCUUUGCCAUGUUCGAUAACGCCCCCUUAGCCCUGGGCUGGCUGAGGGCCAGCCAUCGGGAGAUGGACCUGGGUCUGACCCACCACAACCGGCCUUGGAUGAAGCAUCGCCGCAGGUUGCCUUUGCGACCGAGCGAGAUUGUCCCCGUCGACAUCGAGAUCAUUGCGAGCAGCACCAAAUUUUUGCGGGGCGAGUCUCUCAAGUUGACCAUUCAGGGUACGGAUAUUUUCAGUUGUCCGGAGAUUGGACCGACCAUGAUGCACGAGAACUCGGUCAAUAAGGGGAAGCACACGAUCUAUACUGGCUCCGUGUUUGAUUCGUAUCUGGUGCUGCCGGUCAUUGAUUGAGUUGGAAGUAGGGGAUGGAUCUCAAGGAUAGUUAGUUAAACACCAGGGGCACAGAGACAAGGACACCACAGCCUCUGUGAUCGAACCAAAAAAAGGUUAUAGGCGGUAGCAAG